AUGUCCAACGACCCUCAACCUUUCACAUCCAGCUCCAGUUCCAGCUCGGUCCCAACCAAGCGUACCGCCCACCCCCUUCCUGCCAAUCCCAGCACAGGAAAACUCCCCAAGCAUGCUCGAGAUGCUCCACCGCCUGACACUACUGGUUUGUCGACCACCUCAGUGGCUACAGGCUGUGGCGGUAGAGUCGUUUUCGUGGUACAUACGACGCCAACAAGCGCGAGUGGUUCGCAGAUCAACGCGGUUACAGCCAAAACGGCAUUCAUGCCUCGGUACAAAGCAAGGCAUUUUACCACGACCACGAGCGCGCAGGCAAGUGGAUGUUCCGCCAGCUGGAGGGCUUGCGGCCCAAUUGAGGGGGCAUUCCAUGUCUCUAUUGGUGACAAGGACCACAUCACCGUCUUCUUCGAGGAGCCAGGGGGAGCAAAGGUGGCAUUGGCACUGGCGAGUACUUUGUCCCCAUGUUGUGACCUCCAGAGCUCGGGGGACAACGGCAAGAGGCAACGCCAGGAGCUCCUGAUGUUCGUCAGCUACUACACCCUCAGGCGCUCGUCUGGGUGGAGGCUGGUGGCCAAGUCUGACUACCACAUUAUGAGGCGAAGGCAGUGUAACAAUGCUCAAUACACUGCCCUUGCGGACCGCUGGCGCUCGGGCUCCCCACCACCCCCACCUCCACCACCACCACCGGUUGAACGCGGCCGACUGCCGAGCAGCCUCCGACCUUUUACCGACUUGGAUGGCGACGGCAUCACGCCUCCAAUCUUCGGUGUUUUAGCAACUCCCUGGGCCGACAUUGACACGAACAAUCUCCCCAUCGACGCUCUCCGUCUACAAACUGCUAGUCUGCUCCCAGAACUUCCAGUCCAAUUUACGACGCCGAGGGAUUGGAGUGAUCGGCCGCCCGAGCCUAUUUCCUUCUGCAACAACAACCAAGAUCACCAAGCCUUCUGGGAGACCAUGGUCCACAAGGACCCGAUCAAGCCUUUCAACCCUGUGGAGGGGAUGGGACUGCGGACUGCAUCCGUUCCUAACCCCUUCACUCAAAAGUUCGGCUCACCCUCAGAGAUUGGUAAAAUCAUGUCCUAG